AUGUUGGGCUUAUUAUGUAUCGGCGCCUUCUCAUUCGCAGCAUGUGCAAGCGCAAACUUGGCCUAUAAGUCUAGACCAGAUCUCGCUGUUCCUGUGUUGAACAUUACCAUCCCUGCCACCAGCGAUGUCGCAGACGGUCUCAUCUUUUAUACCCCGGAGAGCACCUUUGCGGAUAAUACCAACCAUGGGCCUGCUCAAAGUGGCCCGUACAUCUUCACCGAUAAGGGUGAAUUAGUGUGGUCGGGAUUCGGAUUUAUUGGUCCAAGGAGCGAAAACUUCCAGGUCCAUACAUACAGAGGACAGAAAGUGUUAAGUAUCUUCGAAGGCUCACACAACUCACCGAUGGGUCAUGGCCAUGGACGGACCACCAUCCUCGAUAAUAGUUACCGGUACUUGAACCAGAUCAAGGGAGGGGGCCAUAAGCUGGCAGAUCAGCACGAGUUUCUAUUCUUUGACGAUAACUCUGCCCUCUUCACGGUUUUUGACCCGGUGAUCAGAGACCUAAGUCCUUACGGUGCUACGUCCGACAGUCAGCAAUGGAUUCUUGACAAUAAGAUCCAGAAGGUGGAUACUGAUACAAACCGCGUCUUGUGGGAGUGGAGCUCUCUUGUCCAUGUCGAUCCAGUUUAUACAAACUUGACGCUCCAAAGUGGAAAUGCUGGACUAGGCACAAACUCGAGUCAAGUGUGGCACUACUUCUACAUGAACGCAUUUGAUGUCGACCCCGAAACAAAUACGUACCUGUUAUCUGCUCGAAGCAUGUGCACCAUCUUCAAAAUGGAUGGAAAUACCGGAAAAAUCAUCUGGCAGCUCGGAGGGCCAAAUUCGAAUUUCUCGCUUGGCGAGGGUGUGGAUUUCUGUUGGCAACACGAUACCCGCAUGCAUAAGAAAUACCUGCAUCAUGAAACCAAGGGAUCCAAGGAGAUCAUCUCAUUUUUCGACAAUUCCGCCCAUGAGAAUCUUACCGGAGGGCCUGAUCUCCAAACUCGCAAUUACAGCGCCGGCAAGGUGGUCGAGCUAGAUACGAAAACGCACAAAGCUACAUUAAUCGCCAGCUUCCGGGCCCCAGGGGAUCUCUCAGUCAGGUCGCAGGGAAACCUACAACUUCUCCCGAAUGGGAAUGCAUUUAUCAACUGGGGCUACAAUGGUGCGAUGUCCGAGCACAAGGCCGAUGGAACAACCAUUUUCUUUUCCAAGCUCGACUCUGGAAAAUUCGGCCCGGGGUCGGAGAACUAUCGUGCUUUCAAAUUUGAAUGGCACGCCAUUCCAUACGAAGAACCAGCUUUGGUGGCUUUCAAAGACUCAAAUGGAACUUCGUUCUACGUGAGUUGGAAUGGGGACACUGAAACAAAAGUGUGGAAAUUCUUCGAACAGACUGCCAGUGGCCGAAGAUUUCCACUGGGAAACGCGACCAGGGAUGGGUUUGAGACUGGCUUUCAUACCAAGAAAAAGGUCGGCUUGGUUUUCGCUGAAGCGUACAACAGCAUAGGUGACAAGUUGGUCUCCACUCCAGCCAUUGAAGCUGUGAAGUACAAAGCACCACUUGUCUACACCUAG